UGGUGUUUCUGCUCUUGUGCACAAAGAAAGUCCUUCACCCUUCAGCGUCCAAGGACAUCCACCCCCUUCUGCUUCUCCUUCCUCCUCCUCCUCCUCUUUCCCCCUGUUCUCCUUCCCAUCUGCGGCUGCUUCAAACUCUUCCCUGCAUCUCUGAUCUCCUCCCCUCUCCUCCCCUCCUUUGAAAAAAAGGACCAGCAGAGAGAGAGAGAGAGAGAGAGAGAGAGCCAUCUCUCCAGGACCUCAGCGAUGCUUUCCAACAGGAUCUCGCUCCUGUUCCUCUUCUCCUGCCAAGUCUUGGCGCUGCCGUUACCCACCCAGCUCUCGGAGGAGGAUGAAAAGGUUACUAAGUGCAUCACCGAAAUCCUCGCAGACACCCUCUCGAGACCCAGCCCAAUUCCGGUGACCACUGAAUGCACAAAGAUACUUAGAGAGGAUGAGAGAGUCCUUGCGAUGCUUCACCAUCAGCACCUGCUGACUGAGCUGGAGGAACUCGCGCAUCAAGAAAACGAGAAGCAUCGUCUGGGACAUGAAGGCAACCAUGAUGUUUGGGAAGAGGAGGAGCAAGAGGAAGUGAAGAAGAGGGAUGUCAAGCCUGCCCAGCAGAGAGAAGAAGCUGCCUCGGAGAAGACAGAGGAGCAAAACGGGCAGGCGAAUAAAGAGGAGCAGGAGCUGAAAGAGUUUGAGAAGACGGAGAAGACUGAAGAGAAGGUGAAGGAAGAGAAAGUCUCCCGAGGAGAGGAGAACCGAGAGGCUUUGGAGGAACAAGCCAAGGAGCGGAUGGAGGAGGAGGAAGAGGAUGAGGAGAGCGAUGAGGAGGACGAAGUGAGGAGGAAGAAGAAGAGAAGCUCCUCGGAGACGUGGUCUUCUAAGGAAUAUUUUGGGCACAUCAAGAAGAGAGGCCCUGGGCCGCCAAAGAUCAGGAAGGUGAUGCUUCAAGGAAGUCAAGAAGACGAGAAGAGGAACGGGCUGAGCAAGAGGCACUUCAGAUCAGAGGAGGAAGAGGAGAGCUCUGAAGAGGAGCCAAAGAAAUACCACCAUGGAAGGUACAGCGAUGGCCACCAUCACCACGAGGACUGGGAGGAGGAGGAGGAAGAGAAGAAGAGAUCUGACCUGGCGAAGAGGGUGGCCGAGAAGGCCAGCGAUGAGGAGACCGCCCAGUUUGAGGAGGAAGAGAAAGGUGUGAAGAUCUCCAACUCCCAGGCCCAGCUCCACGGAGGCUGGAAGCCAUGGGGAGAAGGAGGGGAGAAGGAGGAGAAAGAAAGCAAGGUGAGGCAUGGACAUCACCACAAACCAGCCGGCUUUGACCUCAAGAAGAAGCACUGGAAGGACGACGUCUAUUUGAAGGGCGGCAGGUAUCAUGGCCGUGAAGAGGAAAGGGAGCCCUCUCCGAGUGAGGUCCAGGAGCUGGAGAAGCUUGAAGAGAUCGAGCGGGAGCUGAAGAGGGCAGCUGAGAAGCUGGAGGAGCUGAAGAGGGGGUAGCCCCUUUCCACCCUAUGGGCAGAUGGGUAGGGUAGAAAAGGAGGCAAGGUGGCCUCUUCGUAAACCCACCUGCCCACCGAAUUCUCCUCCAUCUCCUAAUAAGCAAUCCCUGUAUAUAAUCUCUCUCCCUCCAGCUUGGCUUUCGACUGUUAAAAGGAGCUUUCCCUUGCUUUUAAAACACACACACAAACAUCCACCUUGGCAGGCUUUAGCACAGAGAUGGGGGACCUGCUUGCCCCUCCAGCUGUUGGACUACAACUCCCAAACACCCCUGACUAUUGGCCAGCCUGGCUGGGGCUGAUGGGAUCCGGAGUCCUGAGAGCGGCAACCUCAGCAGCGCAGGGUCCCUUCCUAAUAGCCACACACCUCCUUAGAUUUAUACAAUUAAAUUUCAUAAUGAAUAGUAAUUCGGGGUGCAUUGCAACAAUCAUUGUCGACCUCCUUUCAGCCAGGCCCAACAUUUCCCCAUUAACACGCACCGACAAAUGAUGCUCCUGUAUCUUCCUCUGGAGCGACUGAAGUUUUCCCAUUGUCCUUGGCAGAACCUGAACACAUUUCUCUUGAAACCGACACUUUUUGUGUUUCCAGUGUUUCUGAAUGCUUAGCUUUGGAGCACACAGGGGCUAAGAAGUUCCCCUUUCAUGCUGAUGGGGCAGCUCAAGGAUGCUGGAGGCUGAGACCCUGUUGCUUUAAUAGUAAGGCGUCUCCAACCACAACUACCACCACCUGACUCCGGACCACUGCAUCUGAGGAACUAGCCGUUCCCCAGCCCUGGAUAAGAGCAUCAUCUCAUGUUGCUCCCGGAGGAGUGAGGAGAGUCCGCUUUGCACCAGAUGACCCUCGUGGUCCCUGCCAACUCUACAAUUCUAUAAUAUUACGAAAUAAAAGGAGGCUUGCAAUUCCUGUGCUGUGUACCAGGAAACACAUAGACAAGACCAUAACUAUAGCCCUGCAGGAAUAGUAUAAUGGCACACAGAUCCAGUAAUCAUAGACCUGUAGAGCUGGAAGGGAUCCCAACCAUCACCUAGUCCAACGGUGCAGGAAUCAUUUGCCCAACGUGGGGCUCGAACCCAGAACCCUGAGAUUAGGAGCCUCAUGCUCUACCAACUGAGCCAUCCCAGAGCCCACCCUAGUUCAGCAUCCUUGUUCUUGCACCGAUCCCUGGGGGAAGUCCACAAUGCAGUCUUGUUUUGCACCCACCAGAUGUUUUGGACAGCGAGUGCCAUGCGCUGGUGUGCUCAGGGGUGACGGGAGGCUAUAUAGUCCAAAACGUCUGCUGGCAGGCUUCCACAGGCAUCUGGGUUAAGGCUGCCAUAUUUCCAAACUGAAAAUCCGGUUUCCCCUGGACAUUUUGCAGUUUCUGUGAAAAUCCGCCCGGACGCCGAAAGGCUGCCCAAUUCCCAGACGCCAAAAGGCUGUCCGAUUCCCGGACGUAUGGCAGCCCUAAUCUGGGUAGCCACUGUGAGAACAGGAUGCUGGACCUAAUGAGCCAUUGGCCUGAUCCAGCAGGGCUCCUACCCUCUUAUGCAUUAAUGCAGUAAACAGCAGCUCCAGGAACCCUGAGCUUUCUCCCAGGAAGUGGCCUGUUGCUUCUUUGCAUGAGUCGCGGCUCUUGGCUUGCCUCCUUCCUACCGGUCUUGGCAGGCAUACCACACUGGACACAUUUGCAUAAUUGUUUCUCUCUUGCUGCUGAAAAAAAGAACACCAUUAUCCAUUCUCGGAGGAGGCUGCCUGUUGCACCUCUGCCUUACCUCCUUCGAAGUGGCUUUGCUGGGGCCGCUGCAGCGGAUCGCGGGCAGUGGUGCUGCAGCAUGGACUGUCCACCUCUGGAGUAGGAGUAGGAGGCUGCCUGUUGUGUCUCUCCAUCGUUUGCCGAGUCGGGACUUUUUUCUUUCCCAGCAGGAGGUGCACAUGGAACAGUGAGUCUUGCAGAAGCAGGGGGCAUUCUUCCUCUCGCACCCUCCAGGAGCCAAACCUUGUGUGUGCAAGAGUGAUGCGUGCAGCCAGUUUUGAUUCGCGGGAGGCAAGUGAAUCUUCCAUGCUCUGAAGCAUGGGAAGUGGUGGACGGGGUAUUCUCUGGGGACACUGCCAAGAGUGUACAGCAUUGCAAGACCCACAUGCCAGUGGAGGAGGGAAUUAAGCUCCAUGAUUAAAGCAGGGUCCUUUUAAAAAAUAAGCUCCCCUUUCAAAUAAGUCUUAUUGGGUAUUUGUUUUUUACUCAAUUUUAACCAACCCCUGGCAUAAGGUACUACUGAGCUCAUCAUCCCUACUGUUUCUCGCUCCCCCUUCCCCUCUUAUUAAUCUGCUUCGACUGUUCGGAUCGGAAUCUUCCGUCUCUCUCCCUCUCCUGGGACUGGCCUCUUUGGUUAGCGGUGGAAAGGCAGCAGUUUUCGGAAGUUGCCCAUACACACGGUGUGAUUUUUGUUUGUUUUUUGGUGGGUGGGGCGUGAUCUGUGUGGGGUGUUGUGUUUGGAUAUUCCUAUGACCGGGGAGGGGUUUGCUUUAAAGCACUGGCGUGGAGUCAACUCAAUAAAGCGAAGUCCAAAAGAAGCAA